CCUCUCGUUUCAUUUACCAAAUUACUUUCUUUUCCAAAUUAGAACAAACCGAGUAAGGGAAUAAUUAAAAUUUGAGUUAAGACUGUCAAGAGGCCCCUAAUUUCUAAAGGGUUCGGUUUUCGUUCUCAAAUAAUUUCUGCUUGGCCCUGAAAAUCUCGGAAUGCGAUCGUUGAACUUGAAACUUGGCCUAUGUAUAGAUUUUCUCUUUCUAUUUCUUUUCACAGGUUCUGAAAAAUAUCUCGAGUUCGUAAAAAUAAAUAUGAAGAAAGGCCCAAUUAUCGUCGGUACAGUCUGCGUUGUCAGUACAAAUUUUGACCCCAUUUUGAGUUUACGUUACCAUCUAUUCGAUGCCGUUAGCUUAGUCUAAAAGACUGUCAGUUUCUUGGAAGUUGCGGCCGUCUUCCGCGUCUGCCGUGUGUUAGAUUGGGAAAUGUAGGAAAUAUUGGAAAUUUUUUGAGUGUAUUUUUUCGAGACGAACUGGUAUUGAUUUGCCUCAAAGGCUUGGCCCGGCAAAUAUACAGACUAUACAUGGUUUAUAGGGGUCUUACGUGGUUUGUAUUGGCUCACUGACUCAUAAAAGACCGAGAGACACAUUUUUUAUUGGAAUUUUCCAAAUGACUGAACAUUUACAUACGCGUAUCCAAAUUUUGAGAAAAGGUCAUCGGAAGUUUGGAGUUGUUUUGUUGCGAAAAGUGACGAGCCGAGUGUUAUGUGACAAUCUAACAGUGUUUUGAAAACAAGAUGAAGAUCUAAGAAAAUCCGAAGAGUUCAAGUGGUAUCGAUUUUUUUGGUAUUUUGAGGUUGUUUUGAAGGUGAUUCGAAUUUUAAGUGAAACGCGUUUGUCAAGCCUGUAAAUAUAUGAAUAGUUGAGCUAUAUUUUUCCAACAUAACCAAGAAAACAUUUCAAAAUGCUGCCCCAACAGUAUUGUUUGAGAUGGAGAUACCACCAUUCCAACCUGCAAAGUAUGUUUUCUCAGCUUUUGGAACGUGAAGCAUUCUGUGAUGUUACUUUAGCGUGCGAAGGAAGGACAAUCAAGGCCCACAAAAUAGUCCUCUCUGCCUGCAGUACCUAUUUUGAAACUAUACUUUCCCAGUACGAAGAGAAGGACCCCAUACUCAUCAUGAAGGAUGUAAAAUACGUAGAUAUCAAAUGUUUAGUAGAGUUUAUGUACAAAGGAGAAAUUAAUGUAGAACAUUGUCAUCUCGCAACUUUAUUAAAAACGGCUGAGGAACUCAGGAUAAAGGGGCUGGCCGAAGUUUCUUGGCGGGAUGAAGAGCAACCGUCGAAUGCAGAUUCGAAUUCUAAUGGUGUUCAGAAUGCAAUUCCUCAAGUUCAAGCAGUCAUGCCCCACAGCCCGACACCGACAAAUAGAAGAAAACGAGGUCGACCGCCUAUAGAUGACUAUGAGCAGACGUUUACUACGCCAAAAAUCAUGACAGUUUCAGGUGCCCAGGAAGACGCCUAUUCCAAUGACGCGAUGUCUAGCAGCGAACAUGACUUGAAUAUCUGGGAGGAGGACCAAUCGGCAAAUGAGGGAGCUGACAAUACAGAAAACGAGGAAUCCCCGGUUAAAGUAAAAAAAGAAGUGCCUCAAGAAGACGACCUGAUGAUCGACGAGCAGAGCGACCCCUCGUUCUCCGCCAACGAUUCCAAAGAAGUCAACAAGUUCAACAUGUCGACGAACAAGAGCUGCUCGAGCAAUGCUUCUUCCGCAGCCGCGAACGUAACUACGUCCGGCACGCAAUCUUUCCUGACGCCGGCGCUAGAGAAAGAAUGGCCGGACGUAGUUAAGAUGAACGACUACCUGAACACGGGGCGCAGACAGCAGUUCUGGGAAGAGCCCUUCACGAAGCGCGUCAUGGACGCGAUCAAGACGAAAAAUCUGGAGAUGAAAGUCGCCGCCGAACUGCUCGGAGUCUCGUACGGUACGCUCUACGGCAGAUACAGGGACUCGUACGGGUGUCUCAAGCACCCUUAUAGAGUGCGGGACUUCUGGACAGAGCAAGGCCCCACCGACGUGCUGCUCAAGCUGAAGCGGAAAGAGAUAACUCUGUUCCGAGCCGCCGAACAGCUCAACGUGACGCCCCAGACGCUCUCCAACUACCUGAUUUCGAUGUCUCAGCUCGACACGUCCGACGCCAACUCCAGCAGGCAGUCGAACGCAGGCGAGUCGUACGACGACUCGGACGAGGAGGCCGAUUCCAUCCUGCCCGACGUGCCGAUGAACAACACGAUGAUGUUCAAGAGCCUCGUCGGGUCUAGCAACAGCUCCUCGACGCUGGCGCACUGCCCCGACAUUACGAUCAUCAAGAAGGAGAGGCCCGAAGGCGGGAAAGUCAACAAUAACUCUGAUCAUUCCGAAAGCAGCAACGAGCACGGCAAAUGAGGCCGGAGCGGACGCACUGAGUAUAUUUCCACUUUUUAGUAUUUUGUAAAGACCAAAGUAAUUUUGUACUGUUUUUUUAGUUUACGUAAUGAGAGGGCGGAGGAGCGGUCGUUAUAUUCCGAUAGAGUAAAGGUACUAUACAGAUUCUGGCUCGAAAUUCCAUGAUUUUUCUUGCGGUGCCUCACUUCGAGAAAUUUCAGACCUCCGAGCGAAACCUUGUGGAACACCCAACUCGAGCUAGGUGUGACACGAGUGUAAGAGCGAUACGAUGCAUAAAGGAAGAGUGUAUGAGGGAGAAAGUGAUGACGUCAUCACCAUAAGCACCGUAAGAAAAAGGGUGGGGUUUUGAGCCAGAAUCUGUAUAGUAUCUCUACUCGAUAGAUUUAUGAAACGGGGGAGUAGCGAUACGGAGGAUACCAAAAUAAUUUAUGUGUAAAAUUACCUAUGAGGCGUUUCAACGCGUGGAAGGGUCGCCCAUUUUGUCGAUUCGGUGACGAUAUUCUUCAGGAAAAUGCUUGAGUUGGAGAAAUUAACUCUGGGAAAUAUUUAAAUAUUGGUUUCUCGUAUAUAAACGUAGUUUUUCUGUAAAAACAAAGGAACAUGUUCUACAGGAAAAGGCAUUGUCAAGUUGAUAUUUUUUUUUAACCGGUCAAUAGAAUAUUAUACAAACUACUUUCGAUCAGAGCAGGAAAAUAGCUUUUCUCUCUCACGAGCUUGUCAGUUUUACUGUUUUUUUUUUUGUUUGAACUUAUUGGUUUUACUGUUUUUCUUUAUUAACCGGUCAAAAUACUGAAGAAAUAUAUGUAGUUUGCUAGAAGAAUAACAUAUUUCCACAAAUUCUUCUUUCAAAGCUAUGUUGACGAGAAGCAGUAAAGUUUUUUUUAAUCCCAUAGAGCCAUGAGCUUCUCGGUUUAAUUCAUUUUGUUUAUUAACCGGCUACCCUUACAUUUAUUUUGCUGGCAAAAAUUGUAGUGAUAUGUCGGAUUCAGUAGAAAAAUAACAUAUUUUCGUGACUAUUUCAUUCAAAACUGCUUUCAAACAUCCCAAAGUAAUGAUUCUAUGAAUUUAUCAGUGUUACUUUUUUUUAUUAACCGGUUAAGAAACUAUAGUAAUAUAUCCCAUUCGGUUCCCUUGAAUUCUAAACUUGAAACCACUUUUGACAGGUUUGACCUGAAAAGUUAUUUAUUUACAUAGCGCUAUGAGCUAUGUCGGUGGAAAACAACAAGUUUUCUCAAAUUCUACCUUCAAAUCUACUUUUAAGAGGACCAGAAAAUAUUUUUAUUUCUAUGUACGACUAUAUUCAUUUUACAGUUACAAAUUGUUGUUAUAUUUUAGAUUUGGUAGAAAAGUAACUUAUUUUCGUAAAUAUUUCAUUUAAAACUGUUUUCGAAUACCCUAAAGUUCGAAUUUAACAGUGUUACUGUUUUUCAUUAACCGGUUAAGAAGCUACAACCAUAUAAUUCCUUUGGUUUCCUCAAAAUCUUUACUCAAAACCAAUUUUGAGUACCUGAAAAGUAAUUUAUUCACACAGAGCUAUCAGCCUUUUGAUUUUACAUAUUUUCUUUCAUUUUUUUAAUUAAUUAACCGGUUACUAGUAUAUUAUACAGGCUGAAUCUGUAGUGGUAUGUUGGAAUUUGUAGUAUAACAACAACACCAUUUUUUUACCGACUCCAUACAGUUAUACGUAGCUUUUUUGUCAGAAGCUAUCAAUUUUACGUAUUUUUUGGUUAACCGGUUAAUAACAUGGCCAGGACUAUUAGUAAUACAUUUAUUUCAAUGUAAAAAAGCACGUUUUCUUGAAUUCCCCAUUCAAAAUUACGCUUAAAUGAAGCAGAUUUACUUUUCAUUCCUAUGAAGCUAUGAAUAUCUCUUUUCUCUUACAUUUGAUGUUUCAAGUGCCGCUUUGAAUUUAAAAAGUGCUGGUAUAAGUUUAAAAAGUGCUGGUAUGAGUUUAGAAAAUGACGCUUUGAGUUUAAGAAGUGUCCCUUUGAGUUUAAAAAGUGCUGGUAUGAGUUUAAAAAAUGCUGAUUCAAGAGUUGACCCUACUUAUGAUAAGUUUUGUAUCGGAAAUUGCUGGGCGACUUGAAUUGAUUUGUCAAAAUGGGCUCCCUUCCACGGUAACUGGUAGAUAUUGGCAAUGGUAGUUUAGUGUUAGGAACAUAUCACAGGGUCCUGGCGGACAGUCUUCUGCACUGACUCUAACAUUGCAGUCCUAUUUAUAGUGCUUUAAAUUUGUAGGUUUAAACGAGAAGUGUCAAUUUUGGCGAGAAGGCACAUGUAGAAGAAGAAGUAGUAAUCAAAUAUAAUUUCUUGGAGAGAAAUGUUUUUAUAACAAUUGAUUUAUUCAAUUCAGAAGCAGCUGUUUUUAUAGAAUUGUUUUAUUUUUAAGGAUAGAGGAUUCAGCAACAAAAAAGUGACAAACCUUCUCAUUUCAUCUUCUGCGAAUCAACUAUUCCAAAACUAAGGAUUCACGUUUUCAUUUCGAAUGAUCGUUUGGUAAAAUAAGUCGGACUUUUUUUGGUAUUGUCGUUAUACACCUGCUUUUUGGUGUUACUGAAAUACUUUUAUUUCCUUCCACAUUCCACCAGCAUGAGUGGUUGAAAUUUUCAAGAGUUUUUUCACUUUCAGCGUCAUUGGCUACCAUUUCAAUAGAGAUUUUUUUUCUGAGCCUACUCUGGUUACUAUAGAAGAGUAAUUGCUGCAAUUUUAAUACAGAAUUUUCUGAUCCCACACUGUCUGUUAUGUAGAAAAGCCUUAGCCACAAUUUCAACAAAAAAAAUUCUGAUGCCACUCUAAUUAUAGGUAGAAAAAAGAAUUAGUUGCAAUUUUAGCUCACUUCGAGCAGAGA